UUUGUUACAAACAAUCCGAGCGCCAGGUGAUAAACGUUAGCGUCGUUCCACAAGCAGAAGUUCCAGACACUUGGACGUUGCCAGUCUGCACGUUAUUACCAAGCUAGAUAGUUGGUGGGAAACAGUGGGAAAGCUAAAAAUACAUUUAAAAAACUAUAUUUUAUCGUCAUGAUGGAAUGUCGAGAGGGGAGGAGUCGCCGUUGUAGCACGGCAUUUCUAGCAAUUUAGCUAGGUAGCCAUUGUCAAAAGAAAAUAUAACGUUAGCCAACAAAAUUGUGCAACCUAGCUAGAAAUGACAUGUUUAACUAGCUAGCUAUUUUUUUUUUUUUUUUUUUAGAAUACCUCACCAAAUCGAGUAGUAAUCACAACUUUGCACCGCUUUUCUGAUUAAUAGGCUAGGUACUUGCAGUUAGCUAGCUAGGUAGAAUUUCGAACCCGAACACCCCGUGUGGAUUUGACGUCGGCAGUGCUUGAUGUUUUUCAGCCAAGACGAGAGCCGGAGCUGUUUGUUAUCGGCGUAAGGUUAACGUUAGAAGAUGGGGGACCUUUAUGACCCAGAGCACCCGAAAGAGUGUGACAUCACGUUGGAGAGCUCACUGCUCUGAACUGGUUUAUUCUUGGCCAGCAGCUUCUACUGGGCUACAAACGCCAGAACCACUGUGUAAUGGAUGCUCUGGUGAACUCAGAGAUCAGGGAAGAGGGCGGCGAUACCUCGGUCAAGGUUGAGGGCCUCACCAAGGCAGCUAUACUCAAAGGCCUCUCGCCUCGAGUGAUGUUGUCCAGCCAUCUCCUGCCUAAAGGAACCAAGAGGAAGGUGAACCUGGACGAUCAGGGUCGCCAGAAAGUGUCUUUCAGCUUCUCUCUGACAAAGAAACCGCUGCAGAACUUAUUCCUGGCCCCUCCCAGUCAGGAAAAAUCUCUUGCUGAGCUCCCCUCUGUCCUGUCACCUACAACCUCACUCCCUCAGGACAGAGCAGGACAGCAUACGGAAAGCAAAAAUGAGCAAAUGCAGCCACCCUUGUUGGUGCCCACACCAGUAGCAGAGAUCCUUGCACCUCAGACGGCAGUAUCCUCAGUCCCCAAACCUAAAGUGGACUUGGGAAAGAUGCACUUCAAGAAACAGAUUCUCAGUGCAUCUGUUAUUGAAGAGAGUCCCAUAACCAGUGUUGUCUUACAGGAUCCACCCCCUUCCGAGCAACAGGUUUUAAUGGAAUCUUCAGGUAAAAUUGAAACUGUCACCCCAACACGAACGCUCCAGUCUCAGAACAAUCUUCAGAACAUGGACAAUGACUGCCCCUCUGAGAAUGCACUCACUCGUGUAUCUGAUGUGAAGCUGGACCUCAGUCUCAAGGAACCGACUGAUUCCUCCCACAAAGGGAAAGUGGAUGUAAACACUUCCAGUAUAACAGAGCAGCAAGACACCUCAGAAAACAUACAAAUCCGUUCCCGGUUGGACAGCACACUCCCUGGCUCAGAAUCUGAUGCUGAUUCAGUGCAGACGUCUUCUAGCUACAAGUCAGGUGAACCCAAGGCCACAGCAAAGUUGGAAAGUAGAAGUAAGGAUACAAAAAAUAUGUCCUCUUCUCGCUCCAAAUUAGAGGAAACAGAAAAAAGUUCUAACCAUUCACGUUCUGAGAAGGACGAAAGAAACUCUAGUUACUCAAAAUCUGACCGAGAUUCCAAGUCUGACCGAGAAUUAAGGUCAACCUCUGACCGAGAAUCAAAGCACACACCCUCGCGGUCAUCCCGCUCUGACAAAGGCCGCAGAAGGACUAAGAGUCGGUCAAGGUCCAGAUCAAGAGGUCCCCGGACAAGUUCCAGAUCUGAGACACGCUCCAGAUCUGAGAGAUCUAGAAGCGAUAGAGGGUCAGGAUCACGGUCUGAUCGGUCAUAUUACGACUCUGAGCGGAGGUCAGGAGGUCACAGAAGUUCUCCGUACAGAGAGAGGAGAGGCAGCUCUCGCUCUCGGACCGAUAGCAGCAGAGUCCGCGGCGACAGUUCUGACUCUGAAGAUGACCACAGAAGAACUCGGACUAGAACAAGUGAUUCCAGCAGGUCAUCCACCCAUUCUAGCUUGCAGAGAGAUUCAAAGUCAUACUCAUCUCACUCGAAAUCUGAGCGAGACUCGAAAUCUGAACGCGAUUCAGAGAUAGAUAAAAUAACACAAUCUUCUAAGUCUGAGAGGGCCUCAAAGAGAACUGUUGACUCCGGUUCCCUCCAAAAGUGCUCUACUGAUGUAGAACCUAAUCACAGGAAAUCCAACACCCACUACAAGCCGGACAUCAGUGUUCGAUCCACUCAUUCCAGUCCACAUGCCCUCUCUCAAACAUCGGACAAAAGGCUCCAGAAAAGCAGCUGUAGUGAAUCUGAGGUAGCUCACAAAGGGAAGUCUCAGUCACAGGGCUCUGACCGCUCUUCUGGCUCUGAAGGGGCAUGGACAUCUUCCACCAGUAAAUCAGACUCUAAGCAAAUGUCUGCCUCCAUGUCAUCAGUGAAAACUAAUAGACAAUCAAAGGACACAUUUCACAGUCCCAAUAAGAUACAAACACAUGAAACCCCUUCUGAUGCUCACCCUCAGAGCAAAAAUGACAAAGCAGGAGCAGAUCCCCAUGUAGCAGAUACUUGCCAGAGGGAGGAUGUUGGCAACAUGAAUGACAUCACAUCCCAAGAUAAAGGCUUACAAAAAACAACUCUGUCGUUACCUUUAAAUUGUGAUCCAACUGACAGAUUGCAAGAACCAGCGUUGGAUCUAGUUAAUGAGAAGAUCCAUCAUUGCAUUGAGGUUCAGAAUGACUCGGCAGCAACUUUACCGAACAGCUCUAGUGGAGACCAAUUCUGUGAAAAAUUUGCCUUAGGGGACAUUGACAAUGUUAAUAAAAGCCUUUGCUCUGAACAAACGAAAGAUGCACAGCGUGUAGACCCCCAAAUAGAAUCCACUGAGAAGUGGGUUGAUGUAACCAACUCGAGCUUUUCCUGCAGUAAUGACAGAGUAAUACCCAGCCAGGAUAAGACUGUUUUUCAAGGUUCAGUUGGGUCAAAGUCAUUACCAUCUACAGUAUCUGUCAGAGACCACCCUAAGCAGAACACUAAACCAGAAAAUACUGUAUUGUGUUCUAGUAGAAAUGUGAAUAUCAACAUGCAGUCUUGCAAAAACGUCCCUCUCAAAUCUGAACCCUCCAGUCCUGAACCUCAGUUUCCCAACCAGACUGAACAACAGAACUCUAGUUUAAGGAAAAACAGAGGUAAAACAAAAAAAUCGCGUUGGGAUAUUGUUGGACAAAAUACCUCAGACAGUGAUAAUCCUCAGAAAUUGCCUUCCCAAGAAACUAAACCUGCUGUGAAAAAGGUCAUCUCCGUCAAGAGAAUUGAGUUUUCUAAAGACGUCAGCCAGGAAGAUCCGUCUCCGAAGGGUCAACUGAAAUGGGAAGCUGAGUUGCAUUCCGAGACGAUUAAGCAAGAAAUUAUUAUCACACAAGAACACAGCUCAGCACUAAUAACUUUUGGGAACGACCAAUCAGAUUCCGCAAACCUAACUGCACAACCAGGCACCUGUGAAACCAGCAGUGACCGUUUAGACAUCAAACCCCACGUCAGCCAAAUGGAUGGAGAUCCCUCACUUUUAAAUAAUACCUCACAUGUAGACAGAGCUAGAAGGGAGCAGGGUAGGGAUGAUAAUGAAGAGAAACCUAAAGAUGGCCCUCACAAGAGCAAACUGCUGAAGACACUAGUGUCGAGCCAGGACGGUGUAGGCCAAAGCGAGGACAGUGACACUGACGAUUCAGAGUCGGACUCAGACUGCGGUGUUGCCGUGAAACGGAUGCACUCUGUGGUGGUUGUACCAAAGAAUUCCACCCUGACUCACUCGGACACAACAGACAAGCCUGCGUCUCCCUGCACUCCAAGCACUAGCCCAGGACGUCAACAAUACGCUAACAGGGCCAGUGGCCAAGAGGGUGACCUGGACAGGAAUGAGAUCCCAAGCAGAGUAAGCCCUCAGCAGAGACAUAGAGGUUUUCCCGCCAUGUGUGAGAGCACUAGGCAGGCCAGUAAUCCUUGUGUUGGUGGAAGUCUCUCUGCACAUGACAUCAUGGUAUAUCAAUCACAGAGCAACAUGGUUGAUAGCACCAGCCAGCUCGAGGGCUCCAACGCCACCGAUGCCCAGCCUUCUAAGGAUCCUUAUAGCAGUGCCCGUGAGAGACCAAAGAUUGGUGCCGCAACAGUGAGCCAGAUUGCUGCCCACAGCCUUGAGAACUCCUUCAGGCAGUCUGACACAGGGCAUCCACAGCAUUAUGGAAGUGGCAAGGGUGGCGGGAUGCUUUCCCGUUACCAACAUGGAGACUUUGCUAGCUCUGAUGACUUCAACAGCAGUCUGGGCUGGGACUUCACACAGUCGGAGCAGCCCAGCAGUACGUACCAGCAGCCUGACAGCAGCUAUGGGGCAUCCCAACAGCAUCCUAACACACAACAGCCAGGGAACUCUUCUUUGGGGCAGGUGUACAGGACAAACAAUGGGGCCUACUGGACCCAACUACCAACUACGGCCCAGCCCACCUGCAGACCAGUCUACCUCCAUGUGCCUGCAACACAUUAUCAGGAGCCUGUUGGUCAAGUCCAUCCUGACUCCCUGACUAAUGACUGCGAUGAGGACAGCGAGGGGAAACCAGCGGGCUUUAGUAGACUAGCUGUGGAAUGCAAUGGUCCCAAGCUUCCAGGCUCGCUAGCCUUCGUACAAGCCCAUGAAAUAAGCAGCAACUGCAGAGGCUCUGUCAACGCCACUCCAGAGAAUAUUUCCAUAGUUGAACCCCCCAGAGACAAGGACAACUCAAGGCCCCACAGAGGCAGGGGUCCUCCCAAGAAAAGGCGGCCAGAAAUGGAGUCAGAUUCGGACAGCGAGGCAGAACCUGUGCUGGCUAGCAAAAGGGAGCGACUGGCAGAAAGGGAGAUCCACAAGGUCUCCAAAGAAUCCCGGGAGAUUCCAGGUCAGGCUGAAGUGCAACGCCCUUUGCUCAGUCUGAGGGACUUCCGGGACGCCAGCAACUGGAGGGAGAUGGCAAGGUCUAAGAAGAUGCCACCAUACUUUGACCUGAUUGAGGAAAACCUGUAUCUGACUGAACGGAAGAAGAACAAGUCUCAUCGAGACAUCAAGCGAAUGCAGUGUGAGUGCUCUAUGCUCUCGAGGGAGGAGCGGUCUCGUGGAAUGAUGGCUUGUGGGGAGGACUGCCUUAACCGUCUGCUGAUGAUCGAGUGCUCAUCACGCUGCCUGAAUGAAGGCUACUGCUCCAACCGGCGCUUCCAGAUGAAACAGCAUGCAGAUUUUGAGGUCAUCCUGACUGAAGAUAAGGGCUGGGGACUGAGGGCGGCCAGGGACCUGAUACCAAACACUUUUGUGCUGGAAUACUGCGGAGAGGUGUUGGACCACAAGGAGUUCAAGACACGGGUGAAAAAAUACGCUAGCAUGAAGAACAUCCACUACUAUUUCAUGGCCUUGAAGAAUAACGAGAUCAUAGAUGCCACACUGAAGGGGAACUGCUCUCGCUUUAUGAACCACAGCUGUGAGCCCAACUGUGAGACCCAGAAGUGGACUGUGAACGGCCAGCUGAGAGUUGGGUUCUUCACCUCCAAGACCGUCACAGCUGGUACAGAGCUUACCUUCGAUUACCAGUUCCAGAGAUAUGGGAAAGAGGCCCAGAAGUGCUUCUGUGGGGCUCCCAGCUGCCGAGGCUUCCUGGGCGGGGAGAACCGGGUCAGUGUAAGAGCAGCGGCAGGGAAGAUGAAGAAAGAGCGCCCUCGCAAGAAGGACACCUCCGUGAGCAAUGCACUCACUACGGUGGACGAGGAACUAGAGGCUCUGCUGGAGAACGGGGAGGGUCUGUACGAUGAGAAGGAGGUGGUGUCUCUCUGCAGGCUGAUGGUCAGAGUGGAGACCAUGGAGCAGAAACUCAUCUGCCUCAAACUUAUCCAAGAUACCCAGAGCCCAUCCUGUCUGAAGCAGUUCCUGGACCAUCACGGUCUGUCUCUACUGUGGAUCUUCAUGGUGGAGCUCUCUGAAGCCAAGGGCAACAGUGUCAACAACAUCAAACUGCAGUUUCAGAUCAUGAAGACCCUGUCAGUGCUGCCCAUCUCCACUAAGAACAUGUUGGAGGAGAGUCAUGUCCUGAGCCUCAUCCAGCGCUGGGCCCAAACACACACACACUCCCUCCCCCAGCCCCCUGGGGCCGAACAGGACGGCUACUCCAGUGAGAACACGUCCCGCGCCCAGACCCCUCUCAACACUCCCGACGGCUCCUCUGCCUCCGUCGCCAAACUGGGCCCUGAGUUGGACAGCGACACUCCCAAACGGGCCGUUUACCGUCGCCUCAAGAUCAGCGAGAACAGCCUGGACAGCGCCAUGUCGGACGCCAGCAAGGCCUCGGACGGUAAGGAGGAGGAAGAGGAGGAUGAAGAGGAGAUGGAGGACGAGGAGGUCUCACGACCUGAGCCUCCAGUGGAGAGCAGCAAACAGUCCAAGACAGAGCUGGUGGUUGAGGCCCAGGCGGUUGAGGCCCAGGCGGUUGAGGCCCAGGCGGUUGAGGCCCAGGCGGUUGAGGCCCAGGCGGUUGAGGCCCAGGCGGUUGAGGCCCAGGCUCAGACUCCCACAACGGAGGAGCCGACAGAAGAGCCAGUCACAGAGCUGAAGGAGACACCAGAGGAGGUGGUGGAGACCAUGGAGAUCACAGAACCCGAAGCUGAGAGCCAAGACGUUAAAGAUCAGGAGGAGGUGGAUGAGAAGGGCGGUGACGAGGAGGUGAAAGAGGAGGGGAGUGAGGGACGGAAGGAGAGCGGAGAGGAGGAGCAGCAGCAGGCAAGUCGGUCAGUGGAGGAGAGGGAGGUUGUGGCAGGAGAGCAGGCCAACGUGGAGGUCCAGGAAUCAUCACAUAUUCAGCCAGUUCAGACGGAAGUUACUGAAACCCCUUCAGAGGAGCAGCCUGCUGAGGAGAAGGAAGAGGAGACCACCACAGCAGAGACUGGGACUGAAGAUACAGAAAAGGCUCCAGGCAGCCAGGAACAUCCAGGCCAAGGGCCCCCGAGGGUCCCCCCGGAGGUGGCCCCUGGCACUGAGGACGCUGCCCAUGUAGUGGCCCCUGCCUCGGAGGCCCCUCCACCUCCCUCUCCGGUGGUCCCCGUGGAGCCUGCGGCGGUGGGGACGCCCUCGCAGGAUGAGGAGGAGGGUGUGUCUGAUGUAGAGAGCGAGAGGAGCCAGGAAGCCCUGCUCAGUGCUGUGGAUAUAGGAGACAUGGCUGCUAGGCUGCUGGACAGCUGGAAGGACCUGAAGGAGGUGUACAGGAUCCCCAAGAAGAGCCAGGUGGAGAAGGAGAUACAUGAUCGUAGUCGAGACCGAGACGCUGCCCCGGCUCGCACCCCCUCCGGCAGCCGGGAACGUGACAAGGAGAGGGACAGGGAACGAGAUCGAGAAAGAGAACGGGACAGGGAGCGUGACCGGGAACGUGACCGAGAAAGGGACAGGGAUUGGGAGAGAGACCGGGAGAGAGACAGAGAGAGAGACUGGGACAGAGACUCUGAGAAGACACCCCGCAGCACAGAGAGACGGAGGAGGCGUGCCUCCACCUCCCCACCACCCUCAGCAUACGAGAGGAGCAGCAGGCGACAUGAGGACCGGUUUGACCUGGCUAACAGCAGUAAGAAGACCCGUUCCAUCACCAAGGAACGCACCAAGCUGUCCACAGAGGAGCGCAGGAAGCUGUUUGAACAGGAGGUGGCCCAGCGCGAGGUCCAGAAACAACAACAACAGUUACAACAACAUCAACAACAACAGCGGCAGCAGCAGCUCCAGACUCUAGCCUACGAUGCAGCCCUGACCUACACUACCAGCCCAGCUGGCUUCAUCCACUACCCCCCCGGCUACCCCCUCCAGACCUACGUGGACCCCGUCAACCCCAACGCAGGCAAGGUGCUGCUGCCUACCCCUCCCGUGGAGCCCCUGGUCCCAGCCACCCUGGUCUUGGAGCAGACCCCUCCCCAGGCUCUGAUCACCGAGCUGGGCAUGACCUCUCCCUCCUCUACCUCCCAGCCCCCUCCAGUCUCCAACCUCUCCAGCAUCUCCCAACACAUCCACCAACCCACUACGCCUCUGGAGCUCCACCACGGCACCACCCAGCAGUAUGCCCAGCAGCCCAGCGUGGCAGGCCAGGACCCGGGUGUAGGCGUCCUGUCAGUGCCUGCUGUGUCUGCGCCGCCUCAGGUGUCGGCGGGCCAGGGGAGUUACACCACACUGUGGGACCCUACCACCCAGCAGGCUGUGACAGUACAGACCCAGGUAGCACCACAGUACCAGGUUGUCCCAGCACCACCUCCCACCCAGACAGCCAUCUACUACCAGGGUCAGCCCUGUCAGACCAUCUACAGUAUCCCCACUGCCUAUCCACAGGCUAACACACCUGUCCUGCAGGCCUACGCUGAUCCGGCUGCCAGCUACCUCCACGGUCAGCCGGUGUACACCGGUCAUCAGCAAGGAGUGGUGGUUCAGCGGGGUACGGUCACUACCAUCGUCACCUCACAGACUGUCCAGCAGGAGAUGCCCAACGCUCUGUUAGUCCCCAACAGUAUGAUAGACCUGCCCCCUCCCUCUCCUCCCAAACCCAAAACCAUCGUCCUGCCCCCCAGCUGGAAGGUAGCACGGGACGGAGAGGGAAAGAUCUACUAUUAUCACGUCAUCACCAGGCAGACUCAGUGGGAUCCUCCCAGCAGCUGGGACGGGGCCAGUGAAGACUCUCACAGCUUAGACCACGAGGCUGAGAUGGACCUGGGGACGCCCACCUACGACGAGAACCCCUCCAAGUUCUCUACUAAGACAGCAGAGGCAGACACAUCCAGUGAGCUGGCCAAGAGGAGCAAGGAGACGUUCCGGAAAGAGAUGUCCCAGUUCAUUGUGACCUGCUUGAAUCCGUUCCGGAAACCAGACUGCAAACUGGGACGCAUUGUCAACACUGAGGAUUUCAAACACCUUGCCAGAAAGCUAACUCACGGCGUGAUGAACAAGGAGCUGAAGUCCUGCAAGAACCCAGAGGACCUGGAGUGCAACGAAAACGUCAAGCACAAGACCAAGGAGUACAUCAAGAAAUACAUGCAGAAGUUUGGCAACAUCUACCGGCCCAAAGAGGACACUGAGCUGGACUAACACUGCUGACUGGAGGAACAGAACGGGGAUCAAGACUUGAAAAUAUGAUUAGGCUACAGUUGUUUGGGGCCCACAAUCGGUGAAAGGAGACACACUGAAACCCAGUUUAAAGUCAAGUCACGCUGGGAAACUGAACUGUGGAGGUGGGAUCGCUCCAGACACAUAUUUAUGAGGAGGACAUGUUUAUGUUGACUAAGACUGUGUCUUAAACUGAUGCCUUGAAGGCUUGCCGCCGCGCCCACUGACUAGUGGGAGGGGACUAGUGGGAGGGGGGCGAGAAUCAUGACGAGGAGGGAGGUGUCUCCCAAGGGGCGGAGGCUCCAGGUGAAGUGUCCACAGAGAAGUGUGCGACACCUAGGCUGCGUCUCAACUAGCACCCUAUUCUCUAUGUGCCCUAUGUAGGGAAUAGGGUGCUGUUUGGCACUCAGACCCAGAGAGGGGUGCUACAUUAACCUAUAGUGUCACUAUUAUGUUAGCUUUCUACAUUUUUUUCCAGUUUAACUUUCUUACCUAACUAACAAUGUUUUCAAAUCUUAUUUACAUAUUCUCUUUAGAACUCUUCCUCCCUUGUCUGAAAAGGAUUCAUGAAAGACUUGGACAUAACAUCAUUUUAAAUGGCUCUUCAAUGUUUUUCCACUGUUGGGAUGUUGCUGUAUGAAGUCCAGCAGUGGUAAUUAACUGGUCAAAAUGGAACAGUGUAAAGAAAGACAAAAUCUCUGUUUUUCCAUAUGACUGGCUUUCCUCUGGUGCGCCCGCCUGCCACACCCCCCAAGCCAGCCAUUGACUUGAUUAGGGUAUCUGGUGCUGCUUUUAGGUGGGCUGUGAUAGUCCAAGCUUUCUACUCUCCAAGCCCUCCCUGCCUUCAGACCACAAUCCUCCGGAGCCUCUGUUAUAUGAAUGCUUGAUGGAGGCUGGGUUCGGUUCGGAUGGAGGCUGGGUUGGGUUGGGUUCGGAUGGAGGCUGAGUUCGGUUCGGAUGGAGGCUGGGUUCUGUUGGGAUGGAGACUGGGUUCUGUUGGGGUGGAGGCUGGGUUUUGUUGGGGUGGAGGCUGGGUUUAGUUGGGGUGGAGGCUCGGUUCGGUUCUAUCGUUCUGACUGAAUUCCUCCAUGGCUGCUUACCAAAUAGCACCCUAUUUCCUAUAUAGAGCACUACUUUAGACCAGAGCCCAUAGGGGAAUCCUAGCGUGCACUACUUUAGACGAGAGCUCUAUGUAGGGAAUAGUGUUCAUUUGGGACAUAGUCCAUGUUCCAAUGCUCCCUCCCUGAGUAAAUCUUUUUAUUUUAUUUUUUACAAAAAUUGAAGAAUGAACUUUAUUAUGGAGCUUGUUCUCUUCAGUCGGCCUACUUGUCUGACUGUAUCAAGUAGUGGGUUGGACGGACGGACGGACGGACGGGGCCUUCAAGAGGACUUAGUGGUGAAUAAGGAACAGCAGGGGAUGGGGAAACUGAUUGAUGUUUUUGUCUUUAAUUAACUUGUACUAUGAAGUGAACAGGAUUUGGAUGCUAUCAGACACACAUGAUGCUUGUGUGUCAGUCAGUCUGUACCUCGUUCUGUUUCAACCCCCCCCCCCUCCACAAUGGAGUGUAGCGUUGUAAUUUUAACUCUAUUUCACCUUGUCUUUCUCUUUUUUUACUAUUAUAAUUCCUUUAGACGGGCAUCACAGAGUGUGCUGUCGUCUUGUUGCUACACAAGCUGUUUUACUCCUUAGUCUCCGGGGUAACAAGGUUUGUGUCCUGUCGUCAGGGUUACCGGGUCGUUGAUCAUUUGGGUAACUCUCACACCACCAUUUAAAUUGCAUUAAAACCAUGUUCAAACACACACAUGUAUUAUAGUGCUUCAUAUGUGAAUAUAUUGAGAAAUAGUUUGAGCAUGUUUAGGUAAGCACAGUCUUUGUAAAAGGAUGGACUGUUGGUCCGUGAUACACCUGGCUAUUGCCAGGUUAUAAGUAUACCAAACACAGGUGAAUGAAGGGGGGAGGGUCGAAGUGACUUCCUGUGUAAGCUGAAGCCAGGAUUCCAGCCAUUCACAGCCUCUUGUUCGUUUGAUUUUGGUGGUGGGGGUUGCAGCAUUUUUCUGUUUUGUUUAUGAGACAGAUUUAUUUUUAUUUUUUUGGUAUGUACAAAAUGAGUUUCACCCCAACUCUACUGUAAGUACUGUGCAAGCACAUUGUCAUACUGAGUGUACAAACAUUUUAAAAGAAAAAUAAAGUUUUUGUAAAAAUGUG